AUGUCAGCUGUCAAUGACACUAAAUUCAACUGCAUGUUCCUUCUCUCUGGGAUACCUGGUCAAGAAGAUGUCCAUCUCUGGAUCUCUAUCCCCUUCUGCUUAAUGUAUGUUAUUUCCAUAGUAGGAAAUUCAAUCAUUCUGUUCAUUAUAAAAACAGAUCCAAGCCUCCACGAGCCCAUGUAUAUUUUCCUUUCCAUGUUGGCCAUCACAGACCUUGGCUUAUCGAUAUGCCCCAUGCCGACAACACUGGGUUUAUUCUUGCUUAACUCUAGAGAGAUCAGCCUCAAUGCCUGUUUUGCCCAGUUGUUCUUCAUCCACUUGCUUGAAUGCAUUGAAUCCCCAGUGCUCUUGCUGAUGGCCUUUGACAGCUUCAUCGUGAUUUGUAACCCACUGAGAUAUGCUUCCAUCUUAACCCUUCCAAGAAUAGUCAAGAUGGGACUGGUGAGUGUGCUAAGAGGGGUGGCUGUAAUACUCCCACUCCCUAUUCUCCUUCAACGGUUGCAAUAUUGUCGAUCCAAUGUCCUCUCCCAUUGCAACUGCUUAAACCAGGAUGUCAUGAAGAUGGCUUGUUCGGAUAUCAGAGUAAACAGCAUCUAUGGCUUGUCUGUUACACUCUUAAUGGUGGGGCUGGACUCACUGCUCAUCCUUCUCUCUUAUGUGGUGAUCCUCGCAGCAGUGCUGAGCAUCAUGUCCCAUGCGGAGUGUCUUAGGGCCCUGAACACCUGCAUCUCCCACCUCUGCGCCAUCCUGCUCUUCUACACGCCAAUGACCGGCCUCUCUUUGAUACAUAGAUUCGGUGAGAGCUCUUCUCCCUUGCUUCAGAUUCUCCUGAGCUAUAUCUACCUUCUCCUCCCGCCCCUGAUGAACCCAAUAGUGUACAGUAUGAAAAGCAAACACCUUCGUGCAAGGAUAAUCAGGGUGUUCUUCAAGUGA